AUGUCGACCGCUACCUCGCCCACCUCUACCAACUUGCCCAGCCGGAGUGCGACAAACGCGAGCACUCACGAUGAGGCCGUUCCCGAGAUCGACCCCACCAACACAGCCGGUCUCCUCGCCGAGCGUCUGCAGGCAUGGAAGCAUGCCGUCGCCUACCUCGAGGACUACGUGGGCGCCAUGGAGAAGAUCCACGGCAAGCACGCCAAGGAGUACGAGCGCGCCCUGAAGGCCGUCUCGAACCCCCUCAAAGAGGGCCACCACUUCGACCAGAGUCUCGGAGGCCUCGCUGGGUUCUUCGAAAACCUGCGCUCCAACACGCAGGCCCUGAUCAACACGAACCUCGAGACGGAGAAGAGUCUCAAAGGCUCCGUGCUGCCUAUCCUCGACCGACUCCACAAGGAAAUCAAGCACAAGGCCAAGGAGCUGUCGGGCGGUGCGCAGAAGGGCUCCAAGGACGUUGAGAAGUCGAGGAAUAUUACCCAGAAGCAUAUUGAGCUGCUGGGCCAGCACACGGCCUCGUACGACUCGGCUGGUGGCAAGCUCUCUGGUGCGGACGACCCCUAUGUCAUCCACCGCGGCGUCCUGCACAGGUUGAGCAACCAGGUCCUGGCCGAGAACAACCACCACAACGACCUCGUCGCCGUGCAGAACAACUUUGCCGAAUUCGAAGCGCACGUCGUGCAGGUCAUCCAGCAGGCCAUGGAAGCCUUCACUCAGCUCGCCGGCGGCCAGGCCGACAAGACCCGCGCCCUGCACAACGACAUGCUGGCCAACGUCCAGCGCGUACCCCCCGAGUUCGAGUGGGCCAAUUUCACCGUGCGCAAUGCCGAGCGCCUCGCACAGCCCAACGAGGCGCCUCGCUCCGUCGACACCAUCAGCUUCCCUAACAUGGACCACCCUUCGACCAAGGCGCUCAUUGAGGGCUCCCUCGAGCGCAAGUCGCGCAACAAGCUGUCGUGGGGCAUGGCGACAGGCUACUACGUCGUGACCCCCUCCAAAUUCCUGCACGAGUUCAAGGACUCGGACAACACCCGAGAGGACCCCAAGCCGGAGCUCUCCAUUUACCUCCCCGACGCCGUCAUCGGCACCCCAUCCGGUGACAAGUUCAACGUCAAGGGCAAGGACAGGAGCAAGACUAUGAGUAGUCGCCUCACCGGCUCGUCCGAGCUCAACUUCAAGGCGCACACGGCGGCCGACGCCCAGAAGUGGUUCCAGGUCAUCUCGGGCGUGGCAGGCGCCACUGGCCCUGUGCAGUCCGACUCGCCCGUCUCCCCCUCGGGGUCGACACCUACCUCGCCUCUGGCGAGUGACGAGAAGACGCAGUCCUUCCCUAGCGACAAGUACGAGAUGAACUCGCCUACCGAGCCGGCGGCGACAGGACAAGGCGACCAUCAGGCCCAGGAGGCGGGCGUGUCGGGUGAAGCUGCGCCAGCGGCUCAGCCUUCUCCCACUGCCGCGAACUCAAAGACGGAUGCUUCUUGA